AUGGCUGAGGUACUGCCGCCUCUUAUGCAAUCCUCGAGCACCAUCACCAUGUUGCAUUCUCGCCCCUCGUCCUCCGACGCGUUCCAGGGCUCAUCACCACAGUAUUCCCAACAGUCUCCAAGAUCGGGACAGCAGUCCCGCAGCAUGUACAAUGGACAAAAUACGGGAUACAGAGGCACAGCUGCCGCCCCGGUGCAGGCCUACGCGUUUCAAUCUACGCCCAACCUGCGGCAGGAUAUGCGCACUCAGCCCGCCGGCUCAGCUUCGGCGUCAUCACAUGGAGCGAUUGGAAGUCACAGACACGUUCACACACAGUCGGCUUCUGCCUCGUCUACCACGUCUUCGGAUAAUUCAUCACAGCCAUCGGCCAAGGAUGAUUCGGUCAUGGGCUCGCGAAAUGGCUCGCUGAUCAACUUGUCCUCCAGCAUUCCAGAUCUCUCCCUCACCUCCUUUGACCAGCCGGCCAAGCCUUCACCAGACAGGUAUCGUCGUCCGGCCCAGAAACGCGCCGAGUCUGGAAGUGUGACGCCCAAGGCCUCGUCUCAGACCGCCAGCUCUGCGGCGCCUUCGGGGUCAGGAACGGCCAGCGUCAGCCACUUGACGCAGCAACAGCCUUCACUACAACGGCAGGAGAGUGUGGACGACAUGGUCAUGAACAAGAGCAGCAACUCGGAAUUGGCCAAGAGAUACCGACGACGCAGCUCGAACAACUUUGACGCCUCGAACUUGCAGGUGUCUACUGGAGCUCAGCGGCCAGCAACAGGCGAAGGCAGCAGUGCGCAAGGUGUCGCUUCGACGCCGCCAACUAUUCGACCGGUUUCCUUUCAUCAGCGGAACGGAAGUGAUGACAGCCAGUCGUCUCAGCGGCGAAAGGACUCCGCCCUGCAAGAGAACUCGAAGCCUUCUGCAUCUCUCAAGCCAGAUCAGAAGGGCGUCGUCUCUGUCUCAUCACGCACGUCAGCUGAGACAGGCAAGCGGUUAAAGACGCCUUCUCCUCUGUCCAAAGAGAAUGUCGACUCUACCGAUGCUACGCCGGUUGGCUCGCCCGCUAAGCCCAAGACCUACGCUGCCGCCGCCCAAGCUGGCGUCAACGCACAAUCUGCCGCCGCACAGCAUCUGGCCGCUGUCUCCGACAAGGACUUGAAUAAAGGUAUGAAGUCGCGACUACGUCGUGCCUUCUCCUUCGGCAGCGCCCAGGAGUUACGCAGAGUUGCUGGGGAGAACAAUGGCGAAGCUGCAGCCCAUACUGCCCAGCAGACCAGGGAACAGCACCAACAGCACAUCGACGAAGAAAUGGACGCCGAGCAGCAGGAGAUUGCUCGAAGACAGGAAGCCGCUGGAAUUGGUGCUGGCAUCUACUCCGGCCAAGGUGGUUUCACCGGCUCCACGGACAACCUUUCCAUUUCAUCCACGGCCUCCUCGGCCUCGAUGAUGCUGCGCAAGAUGGGCCGUGGCGCGAAGAAGAGUGCUAGGAGCAUCAAGGGUCUCUUCCGGCCCAAGUCAGUGAUCGGCGUGCCAGCUGCAGAUGGGCCGAUUUCGGGUGCUGGCGCCGCUGUUCAGCCGAGCGUAGCCCAAGUGUCCAUGGUGACCGUCGAAGCGGAGAGACAGAAGGUCAACGUCACCGAGCAUGCCGCCCAGACACCACAAGGCAUUACUGGCUUCCCGAAGCUGGAGCGCAACUCCAUUGAUGCGGCGCGCACUACUCACAUCUCCGCCUCGAGAGGGUCCGCCGAUGGUUCAGAUUCCCUAUCGCGUCGGAGCAUCGUUGGAAGCGACAAGGAUCGUGCAGAAGUCCUUGCCGCCGGCAAGAAGAGCAUCCUCAAGCGCACGGGCACUGGCUCGCCGAGUGGAUCGCCUGUUAUCAAGCCCAACGACGCCGUCGGCCUUCAGGCUCCCACCGUCUCGUCUGAAAGCCCAGCAUCCAGCAUGCCGAGCACUCCGAAGGACAGCCAGAGCAGGAACGAUUCGAUGAAGAACAUCAAUGCAAAUGGAGCUGACUACUUCUCUCAAAAGCUUUCGAGAGGUAUCACACCAAACGGUACGAACCGGAACAUCUCUUUCAGCCCUCGAAUCCAGUUCCACGAUGCCUGGUCGAGCUCCGAGUAUGACCGACGUGGUGAAAUCGCCACUUGCAACCGCCUUACGCCCAUGUUGGCCCAACAGAUCAAGGAAGAACUGAACACCUUCAAGAUGGUAUGUCUUCUUCUCCGGCACUACGUCUCAACGACUUUGCUAACACUUUUUCAAAGGAAAUGGAAGUCCACGAGUCGAGCAAGCCGCACACGCAUUUCUUCUAA